AUGUCACUCCCUCCACCACCUGGCAGCAUUGGCCAGCGGCUAAUUCCCUCUCUCAUCGAUGAGAUUGCCGAAUCAGAUCCCGGGCGGGUCUUCUACUCCAUUACCAGAACGAACAACCCUGCUGAUGGAUUCCGGAACAUCACUGCCAAGCAGUUCGCCAGAGCCGUCGACCGCUGCGCAUGGCAUAUCAAGGACAGACUGGGGCAGGGAGAAGGAUUUCCAACACUCACGUACAUGGGACCGCAGGAUCUUGUCUAUGGCAUCAUAAUUAUAGCCUCUGUUAAGGCCGGCUACAAAAUGCUGCUCAACUCUCCGCGAAACACUCUGGAAGCUCAUUUGCAUUUGUUUGAGAAAACUGACUGCAACAUUUUCCUCCACCCUCCAGACUUUGUAUUGCCGGCAGUGAGGCAAAUUCUAGAGGCAAGACCGAUGAAGGAAGUAGAGAUCCCUUUAUUGGAACACUGGCUGCAGGAUGGCCCUCAUGAGCCGUACCCUUACAACAAAUCUUUUGCCGAGGCGAGGCUGGAACCUUUUGUUGUGAUGCACACAUCCGGCUCCACGGGUCUCCCAAAGGCUAUCAUCAUGACUCAUGGGACGAAUUCUCCUCUGGAUGCUUUCGCGUCUCUCCCUUCCCUCGGAUUAGCAGAUACUUUCCCUGUUCUAUGCAGGGGAACUCGAGUAUACUCAGCCUUUCCGCUAUUCCAUAGUGCCGGAGUAUGUCUCCUUCUCCCCGCAUCCAUCUAUGCUGGCUUCACAGUCGUUCUUGGGCCGUUUCCGCCUUCUGCUGAGACUGCGAAUGCCAUGCAUGUACACGCAAACGUACAACAUAGUCUUAUACCUCCGACCGUCAUCUCCGACCUCACAAAAACACCCGAAUACCUCGACAACCUGGCUCGCCUCGAACAAAUUGCUUACGGUGGCGGGCCAUGCUCAGCUUCUGUCUCGGAACUCGUCUCUACCAAAACCAGGAUACAAAACACUCUUGGAUCGACGGAAAGUGGUAUGCAUCCUGUCGAGCGCUGUCAAGAUCCUGCGUCUAUGAAAACGAGUCCCGUGUUAGGCCACGAAUACCGACACUUCUCUGGAGAGUUAUACGAGCAGGUCAUCGUGCGAAAGCCAGAACUCGAUUUGUACCAGGGCGUGUUCUGUACGUUUCCGGAGUUGCAGGAAUGGCCCAUGAAGGAUCUGUAUUCGAAACAUCCAACAAAUGAAGGGGAAUGGAUACAUAGAGGGCGAGCUGACGAUAUUGUCGUGUUUUCCACGGGGGAGAAAUUGAAUCCAAUCGAUAUGGAGGACAUCAUCAAAGAAAAUCCUCUCGUGAGCGCAGCACUCAUUGGAGGUCAGUGUCGAUUUCAAUCAUAUCUGCUUGUUGAGCUCUCGCAACAACCGGAAUCCAAGGAGGAUAGGGACCAGAGAUUUGAGUCAAUAUGGGAUUCCGUUAAGCGUGCGAAUCAGAUUAGCCCAUCCCAUGCUAAGAUUCACAAAGACAUGGUCCUUUUUACGACUCCAGAGAGGCCAAUGCUACGAGCUGGCAAGGGCACAGUUCAAAGGCAACUGACACUGGACAUGUAUUCGUCGGAAAUCGAUAACCUGUAUAGCGAAAAUAAUGGACAAUCCUUGCGCCAGACAGAAAAUUGCAAGGAUCAGAGCUUGGAAAAUGCCAUCGAAGAAAUUGUGGCACAAUCGACCGAGAUAAAUGUUGCUACAUUGACCCCCGAAACUGAUCUUUUCUCUCAUGGAUUGGACUCACUGCAAGUUAGUGUAAUCGCGAAGAAAAUCAAUCAACUUCUAGCAAACAAGGGGAAGCCUCUCGCCUUCGAUACGAAAACCAUUUAUAGAAACCCCUCGCUUCAAGCAUUAGUGGCUUCAGUGUCCACUGUCCUCAACGGAGAAGAAUCCAGCCUCGAGGCACCCCAGAUUUCAAUGCAGGAAAUAUUCGACAAAUUUGCAGAAGACAUCCCGAUUUCUGCGAGGGAUGCACAUGAAACCACGCCGGGAAGCUUUGUCUUUUUACUGACCGGGUCCACCGGCUCUCUGGGUUCGUAUAUCCUGGACGGAUUACAGCGCAAGCCAGAAGUCAGGCAUAUUUAUAUCCUCAACCGAGGACCUGGAAGUUUAGACCGACAAGAAAGAUCACUGAAAGCGAAGGGUCUUCAUUCCCUGACAAAAAAAGAGCUCAUACGAAAUGUCACGCAUAUUGUCCACAACGCCUGGAGAGUUAAUUUCAAUCUUUCAUUGGAGUCUUUCGCAGGACAGAUCGCUGGUGUCAGGCGCUUGAUUGAAUUUUCUGUUCAAUCACGACAUGCGGCACGAAUUCUUUUCGUCUCAAGCUUGAGUACAGUAUCCGGCCUCUCCGGACGUGUUCCUGAGGAGCUAUAUACCGAAUGGCAUACGCCACAAGACAUGGGGUACGCGAGAUCAAAAUUCGUCUCUGAACUACUCCUGGAUAGGGCCGCCAAAGAAUCAGGGAUACCGGCUGUCAUUUGUCGUGUCGGCCAGAUUGCUGGCCCCACGACAUCGGACGGGAUCUGGCCUAAGCAGGAGUGGGUUCCCAGUUUGAUUGCCAGCUCAAAGUACUUGGGAAAGUUGCCCGAAAGCCUCGGAGAAAUGGAAGUGAUUGAAUGGAUUCCCGUGGAUAUACUUGCUCAAGGGAUUAUUGAGCUCGCCACCGCCAGGACGGAUGGUUUAGAAACCGGAGCUCGAGUAUAUCACAUGGUGAAUCCAAAUCAAAGCCUCUGGCGUGACGUUGUCUCUACUAUACAGAAGUACUUUGAGCACAGCGGAGUGGUCAUACAGAUGGCGAGUUUCAAGGAUUGGGUGACCGACUUGCGCGAGAGCUCUUCGAAGCUUGAGGAUAUAGACCAAAACCCGGCAUCUAAGCUCGUCUCAUUUUACGAAGGCUUACUCGAGAAUACAGAGAGGAGCGUUUCUUUAGAUACAAAGACUGCAGUGAAGACGUCUCUCAGUAUGGCAGGAUUAAAGCCCGUGGGAAAAGAAUGGAUGACAAACUGGAUGCAGCAAUGGAGCUUUUGA